AUGUUGGACAACUGCUCGGAUUUUAGCAACCUUACGCAGCUGGUGGUUCCGGUGGUCCGCUACAACUUCCCAGCGCUUGUUUUCGGGAUCUUACUGAUCAUGGCCGUCACCUUCGGCAACGUUCUCGUGUGCCUCAGUGUUUACUCGGAGAAAGCUUUAAAAACCACAACCAACUAUUUCAUCGUCAGUUUGGCGUUUGCAGACCUGCUGCUGGCGGUUCUGGUUCUGCCACUCUUUGUUUACGCAGAGUUCCAGGGUGGAGUCUGGUCAUUGAAUAUGCUUGUGUGUGAUGGCCUGAUGACCAUGGAUGUGAUGCUGUGCACUGCAUCCAUCUUCAACCUCUGUGCCAUCAGUGUGGACAGAUUCAUUGCAGUUGCCAUUCCUCUAAAUUAUAACCGCAAGCAUGUGGACCAUCGCCAACUCAUCCUGCUAUUAGGCACUUGGCUGCUCGCCCUAGCUGUGGCCUCACCUGUUCUCUUUGGAAUUAACAAUGUACCCGACCGUGACCCCAGCAAGUGCAAACUUGAGGACAAUAACUACGUAGUUUAUUCCUCCAUCUGCUCCUUCUUUAUUCCAUGCCCCAUCAUGGUCCUGCUAUACUUUGGAGUCUUCCGUGGCCUACGGCACUGGGAAGUGUCCCGUAAGGCUAAACUGCGCGGCAGCAUUGAAGCUUGCAGGAAGCUGCAGCAUGUGGCCAUCACCACCGCCCUCCCCCCGCUGGUGGGCGCCAUGCCCGGGUCUUUGCCGAUGACUCUACCCAGGAUCAUUGAAAGGGACUUAGCUCAGUCACGGCUUGAUAUGGAUGACUACAUGAAACAAGAGAUUCCUUAUCCCAUUCAUGACAGAGAGAACGCCAUACCCACAGUGAAUGACAGCCGAGAACAACAGAGCAAGAAAGGAGCCAAGAUCAACAGCAGGGAGAGGAAAGCUAUGAGGGUGUUGCCAGUUGUAGUAGGCUGCUUCCUCUUCUCCUGGACUCCAUUCUUUGUGGUCCAUACCAGUAGAGCUUUGUGCUUGACAUGUGAGAUCCCUCCUGGACUUAUGAGCACGGUGACCUGGCUGGGCUACGUCAACAGUGCCCUCAAUCCCAUAAUCUACACUAUCUUCAAUGCAGAGUUCAAGAAAUAUUUCAAAAAAUGCUUCCAGAGCUGCUGCUACACAUGCUUGGUCUGA